CUGGGCGCUGAGCCGAGCGCCGGGAGAGCAGCGCCGAAGCCGAGCCGCGAGGAGCGCACUCCGUGGCCCCGAUGGAGCGGUACAAAGCCCUGGAACAGCUGCUGACGGAGCUGGAUGACUUCCUCAAGAUUCUUGACCAGGAGAACCUGAGCAGUACAGCCCUGGUGAAGAAGAGCUGCCUGGCGGAGCUCCUCCGGCUUUACACCAAAAGCAGCAGCUCUGAUGAGGAGUACAUUUAUAUGAACAAAGUGACCAUCAACCAGCAACAGAAUGCAGAGUCUCAAGGCAAAGUGCCUGAGGAGCAGGGCCUGCUGCCCAAUGGGGAGCCCAGCCAGCACUCCUCGGCCCCUCAGAAGAGCCUUCCAGACCUCCCGCCACCCAAGAUGAUUCCAGAACGGAAACAGCUUGCCGUCCCAAAGACGGAGUCUCCAGAGGGCUACUAUGAAGAGGCUGAGCCAUAUGACACAUCCCUCAAUGAGGACGGAGAGGCUGUGAGCAGCUCCUACGAGUCCUACGAUGAAGAGGACGGCAGCAAGGGCAAAUCGGCUCCCUACCAGUGGCCCUCGCCGGAGGCUGGCAUCGAGCUGAUGCGCGAUGCCCGCAUCUGCGCCUUCCUGUGGCGCAAGAAGUGGCUGGGACAGUGGGCCAAGCAGCUCUGUGUCAUCAAGGACAACAGGCUUCUGUGCUACAAAUCCUCCAAGGACCACAGCCCUCAGCUGGAUGUGAACCUGCUGGGCAGCAGCGUCGUUCACAAGGAGAAGCAAGUGCGGAAGAAGGAGCACAAGCUGAAGAUCACGCCAAUGAAUGCCGAUGUGAUUGUGCUGGGCCUGCAGAGCAAGGACCAGGCUGAGCAGUGGCUCAGGGUCAUCCAGGAAGUGAGCGGCCUGCCUUCCGAAGGAGCAUCUGAAGGAAACCAGUACACCUCGGAUGCCCAGCGCUUUAACUGCCAGAAACCAGAUACAGCUGAGAAGUACCUGUCAGCUUCAGAGUAUGGGAGCUCCGUGGAUGGCCACCCUGAGGUCCCAGAAACCAAAGACGUCAAGAAGAAAUGUUCUGCUGGCCUCAAACUGAGCAACCUAAUGAAUCUGGGCAGGAAGAAAUCCACUUCACUGGAGCCUGUGGAGAGGUCCCUUGAGACAUCCAGUUACCUGAAUGUGCUCGUGAACAGCCAGUGGAAGUCUCGCUGGUGCUCUGUCAGGGACAAUCACCUGCACUUCUACCAGGACCGGAACCGGAGCAAGGUGGCCCAGCAACCCCUCAGCCUGGUGGGUUGCGAGGUCGUCCCAGACCCCAGCCCCGACCACCUCUACUCCUUCCGCAUCCUCCACAAGGGCGAGGAGCUGGCCAAGCUUGAGGCCAAGUCUUCCGAGGAAAUGGGCCACUGGCUGGGUCUCUUGCUCUCCGAGUCGGGCUCCAAGACAGACCCAGAAGAGUUCACCUACGACUACGUGGAUGCCGAUAGGGUUUCCUGUAUUGUGAGUGCGGCCAAAAACUCCCUCUUACUGAUGCAGAGAAAAUUCUCAGAGCCCAACACUUACAUCGAUGGCCUGCCUAGCCAGGACCGCCAGGAGGAGCUGUAUGACGACGUGGAACUGUCGGAGCUCACAGCUGCGGUAGAGCCUACCGAGGAAGCCACCCCUGUUGCGGAUGACCCAAAUGAGAGAGAAUCUGACCGAGUGUACCUGGACCUCACACCCGUCAAGUCCUUUCUGCAUGGCCCCAGCAGUGCCCAGGCCCAGGCCUCCUCCCCGACGUCGUCCCACCUGGACAAUGCGACUGAGGCCCUCCCUACAGACCCAGGCCCAGGUCCCACCCCAGAUGAGCCCUGCAUAAAGUGUCCAGAGAACCUGGGGGAACAGCAGCUGGAGAGUUUGGAGCCAGAGGAGCCUUCCCAGAGAAUCACCACCGUCAAAAUCCAGACUGAACAGCAGAGAAUCUCCUUCCCACCGAGCUGCCCUGACGCCGUGGUGGCCACCCCACCUGGUGCCAGCCCACCUGUGAAGGACAGGUUGCGCGUGACCAGUGCAGAGAUCAAGCUUGGCAAGAAUCGGACAGAAGCUGAGGUGAAGCGGUACACAGAGGAGAAGGAGAGGCUUGAAAAGAAGAAGGAAGAAAUCCGGGGGCACCUGGCUCAGCUCCGGAAAGAGAAACGGGAGCUAAAGGAAACCCUAUUGAAAUGUACAGACAAGGAAGUCCUGGCCAGCCUAGAGCAGAAGCUGAAGGAAAUGGACGAGGAGUGCCGGGGUGAGGAGAGCAGGCGUGUGGACCUGGAGCUCAGCAUCAUGGAGGUGAAGGACAACCUGAAGAAGGCUGAGGCGGGGCCUGUGACACUGGGCACCACCGUGGACACCACCCACCUGGAGAACGUGAGCCCCCGCCCCAAAGCUGUCACACCUGCCUCUGCCCCAGACUGUACCCCGGUCAACUCCGCAACCACGCUCAAGAACAGGCCUCUGUCAGUCAUGGUCACAGGCAAAGGCACUGUCCUCCAGAAAGCCAAGGAAUGGGAGAAGAAAGGAGCAAGUUAGAAAACAAGCUUCAUCUGAAGACUCUCAUGUCAAUGUGGACCUUGGUGACAAUCCUGCUUUGUUAAAGCAAAACCUCUGCAAAAGGGUGAGUCUGUUUAGAAGAAAAAGCAAAGACUGAGGUACUGUGAAUGGAGAGCUUUGGCUAAGAGGAGGAUCUGUCCCUUUUCAGAGCUAAAGGAAAUAAUACAACAAAAAGGAGGCUUCUUUGGAGACCUAAGUCUAUUGGAUGUAAACAAGAUGUUGUAUUUAGGGAUGUUGUGUGUUUCUCUUUUGAAGUUGUCAUCAAUUGCUUUACUAAGAUUUUUAAACAGUAAAAAACCUCAUGUUUAGACUUUGGUGGAAGAUGAAUCAAGGAAGCAGGGCCCUGUCUUAUGGGUCACCUGACUUUGGUGAGUGAGAAGACCUAAACUCCUGGCCAUCGUCUCUUAUCCAAUACUUAGCAGCUGGGGAUCAAACCAUCCUUGCCUUCAGUUCUUUCCAAUAUUACCAGGCUCAACUCAGUCUUCAGCGAUUUUAAAAAGCAUUGACAUCUAGAAACAGUAAUGGGGGAAAAUAUUUGGGACCAAGCUGAAGCACUGAUCCCACUAAGUUAAAUACUUCUUUCCAGUCUAAGGCAGGCCUGAAUCAACUGUCUUUAAAUAAAAUUUUAAGUGAUGCUGUAUUAUAUGUAGGAAAAAAUGCUUAAAAUCCUGUCAUUUAGAACAGUGAAAAGUGUUUUUUAAGAUUAAACUGACUCUUUACUGUAGGGAAAAAUAUUACUGUGUGUUUACAGAUUCAUUCCUGUGGUCGGGCCAUUUUUAAGGGAAGAGUUAUUUAAUAUAAAUAGUCCCUGAUUUU